AACAAGUUCUAAAAUAGAGUUUUUGUAUUCAUACAAAACAGCCUCUGCUCAGAGUACUCUUGUUUUCCGUUUAUAAAUACAUAGUUAAUUACUGGUGUAGUGUUUAAAAUCAAUAGAAUAAUUUCCAUGGACUUGUCAGGGCUGUAAGGAUUAAUUGUAGGAACUUUUCCAUUAUGAUAGUGCUUCAUAUAAACACGCCUUCCUGGUGUGGCUGGCUGGGGUUUAUAUUCAUAAACUUCCGGGAGAUGAGGCAGUAGACCUUGCUGGACCCACCCUGUGCUUUUCCCAUAAAGAGAAAGGUUCAAUUUAGUAACCUACGUGGGACCUGUGUCACACUUUUGGAAUGUGGAAGGAAAGACACUCGAGUUUCAUGCAACCUAUCAUGUUCUUGUGCACUAUAUUUUCAUGCCGUGACUGUGCCUUUAAAGCUGUACCUUUAAAAAGCUAAUACAGAGAGUGCUUGAGGUUAAAAAUACUGUGCUGUAAUGUACAUGCUUUUGCUUGCUUGUUUUUAUGGGGGAAUUGGCUGAAAUUGCAGUUUUUCUCUGGCUGUAGCAGUGCUUUCUGAUUGGAGCCUUCACUGCUUGUCAAGCCUGACGUAUCAAGAGUGACUGAUUAAAAGGCACAGGACGGUUCUGAAGGACCUGAGGAUGGAUAAAGAUUUCCGCUACUACUUCCAGCACCCCUGGUCUCGCUUAGUUGUGGCUUACUUAGUCAUCUUCUUCAACUUCCUAAUCUUUGCUGAAGAUCCCGUAUCGCACAGUCAGACGGAAGCCAAUGUUAUUGUUGUUGGUAAUUGUUUCUCAUUUGUCGCAAAUAAAUACCCUGAAGGAGGAGGCUGGAUAUUCCUGAAGGUGCUUCUGUGGUUGCUUGCCAUUCUCACAGGACUGAUAGCUGGGAAAUUUCUGUUCCAUCAGCGUCUGUUUGGUCAAUUGCUCCGCCUGAAAAUGUUUCGAGAGGACCAUGGAUCUUGGAUGACAAUGUUCUUCAGUACCAUCCUCUUCCUCUUCAUUUUUUCUCACAUUUAUAAUCUGUUCCUGAUUAUGGCUGGGAAUAUGAGCGCAUACAUAAUAACAGACUUCAUGGGCAUCAGGAAUGAAAAUUUUAUGAAGGUAGCUGCAGUGGGGACCUGGAUGGGAGAUUUUGUCACAGCAUGGAUGGUCACUGAUAUGAUGCUUCAGGACAAACCCUACCCAGACUGGGGAAAGUCUGCCAGAGCUUUCUGGAAGAAAGGAAACGUCAGGAUCAUUUUAUUUUGGACGGUUCUGUUUACUCUGACCUCUGUAGUUGUGCUUGUCAUCACAACUGACUGGAUCAGCUGGGACAAGUUGAAUCGUGGCUUUCUGCCAAGCGAUGAAGUCUCAAGAGCCUUCUUGGCUUCUUUCAUCCUUGUGUUUGACCUUCUCAUUGUCAUGCAGGACUGGGAGUUUCCACACUUUAUGGGUGAUGUUGAAGUGAAUCUCCCGGGUUUGCCAUCUGCACAUAUGCAACUUAAAGUACCUUACUUCCAAAAGAUCUUCAAAGAAGAAUAUCACAUACAUAUAACAGGCAAAUGGUUUAACUACGGAAUUAUCUUUCUGGUUUUAAUCUUGGAUCUAAAUAUGUGGAAGAACCAAAUAUUUUACAAACCUCAUGAAUAUGGUCAAUAUAUUGGCCCUGGACAGAAGAUCUACACAGUGAAGGACUCAGAAAGCUUGAAAGAUCUUAACAGGACUAAGUUAUCUUGGGAAUGGAGAUCCAAUAACACUAACCCGUUGACCAACAGGACCUAUGCUGAAGGAGACAUGUUCUUGCACAGCAGAUACAUAGGCUCUAGCCUUGAUGUCAAAUGCCUGGCUUUUAUUCCAAGUUUGCUGGCUUUUGUGUUGUUUGGUUUCUUCAUCUGGUUCUUCGGGCGAUUUCAGAAAACUGAUCAAGGCAUGGAGAAUUUAGACAAAUCAUACACAAGAAUGAAAAGAAAGUCACCAUCGGAUAUGGGGAUGACACGAGAAAAUACACAAGUGUUAGUAGAAGAACCAUCGAAUUUUCCAGAACCACAUCUAGUAUCCAUAAAAUCAGACUUAAGUGAAAUUGUUUUUAAUUCCUCUCUUCUAACUUCUGAAAACUUGAAUGCACAACUGAAUGAGCAAGAUAGCCCUCUACAGCCAGUACCAGAACCCUCUGUCCCUAAGAGUGAUCCUGUGACCUAGAGCCCAGGAAAAUCAGUUUAAGUAAGCAGUUAUUAUAAGGAUUCAAUUUUACCUUUUUUAAGUUAAGAUUUCCAUAGUGGUUAGAAUAAGAAACUCAACCUAUACCACAAAGGUGCUCAGCAUGCUUUUUCUAGGGAUUUUGUUUUCUAUUUGUAUUAUAGUACAUGUGCCUACUGUAUAUCUAACAUUCCUUUAUAGAUUGCUUCCCUAAAUUGCACAAGCUAUUUAUUAAUACAUUACCUUAACUGUACAGUAGUGUAUUAGAUGAUUACAUGCAGGUAUAAAAUUCUACCGUGGUGGUGCCUUGAGACAUUAAACUGUUUUUUAACUGAACACCAGAUGUAUAGCACAGUUAUUCUAACCUAUUUUGCGAAGUCUUUUUUCUAUAGGGUUAUUUCAAGUAUCAUUUGAUAUCUUAACAGAGGGGUUAAAUGUAAUUAUUUCUAAAGAAAGGUUUCUGUUUGGGCAUCCCAUCUUGACCUUCCUGUUCGCUCAUGGCUAUGGAGUCAGUGACUUUGGUGACCGCACUGUAAAGAAGCGUGUUGAUUACCUUCUAAUUUUUGCUGGCUAGCUGCCAGACACAAACACAGAUGCAUUAUGUGGUAAAUAGUAGAGUGAUAAUACAUCAUGGGUCACUACUUUUGAAAAUAUGACUUUCUCCAUCAGUAACUGCAAUUAGGUGAUAAUGCCUAAUUAUAUUUUUCAUAAUUAAAGAUAAACUGCUCCUUGAUUAAAAAUUCUGCCCUUCACCUUUUGGAAAUAGAGGUGAAAAUACAAAGCAGAAACAAAUUUCUCCAUCAUCACACCAAAACUAUGCAUCAUCAAAAGGCCAAUGAAGUGAUUACAGUAAUAGACAGAGAGCCUGUUAAAUCCAGUAUUUGAGCAGCUAAGUGUAGGUGUGGUCUGGGAAUAUGUGCUAGUAUUAAAUGCACCACACAGGUAGACAGUCUAAUUUCUCCAAAGACUGAAGAAAUGUUCAGGGGUUUUCAUUAGAGUAGAUUAAUAAUGAAUUGUAUUGUAUCCCUUUUUCCCUCCUUCAUGCAUUAACCAUGAAUGAAUGUAACCUGGAAGCUGGAAUGUGGUACAGGAUUUUUUUCUGCUUCUUUGAAGGGGAUAUCGAAAUAUGAAUUCCUCUGCUGUAUGAUCAAACUAUAUACAGUAAAGAAAUCGCAUAUCUAAAAUAUCACAAAGACUCUGAUUAUCCUCUAAUUUAGUUCUAUAAAUUGUUGUUACAAGUUGCUAAAUAAUAAGUCAAUUUUAAGUCUGAAUUAUUUCCCUGUCACUUCCUGGCAUUGCUCUGUUUUGUCUUUGUGA